AUGGUUGCUCGUCUCUCCUGGGCACUCAGCCCACUCCUCAUCAGUCUGGCAACGGAGGCGGUCAGUUCAGAGGUCAGCGCUGCCGGCUGCCCGUACUUCCACCAGACGGCCUGCACAGCCGAACCCUUCAGGAGCUUUCUGGAGGAGUGGAAGCAGAAGACUCGGUGUUGGCUCUGCGACAGCCAACAGCUGGUGCUCCAGGCGCGCGGUGUUCUGCAGGACUUGCUCUACACCCAGCGCCCUCAGCUCCCGGUGAUCGGAGCCGAGGAGGUGAAUCUGCACCCAGUUUGGAAAGAGACGUGCGUGUCUGGCUUCCUCCUGGCAGUCUUCGCGUCAACGCGAAGUCAGUCCAUCCAGCCCUGGUCCUUCUACGACAUCGGAUUGUCUCUAAUCACGGGUUGCGCCUUUGAAGAGGCCACUUUCUUCGCGCUGUACGGCAUCACCCCUUCUCAGGUGGCCUACAACUUUUAUAUCCUGGGACUUCCGUAUCACCUGCCGGAUCCAGUGCUGCACAUCCAGGAAGCCGAGAUUGGAAGAGCAGAUGGAGCAGAGGCUGCUCCGCUGGUCAUUGAUGUAGGCAUGGGGCUGGGAGCGGACUCGCGUUACUUCCUGUCGCAGGGCUUUCGCGUUGUUGCCGUGGAAGCCAAUCGACGGGCCAUAGAGGUGGCGAUGACCAUCGACUGGGUGAAGCCUUUGGUGCUGGCGGGGAAGCUGUUGUUUCUUCAUGCUGCAGUUGCACCACCAGGAGGAGGCGGCAGCAGCACCACCGUCUACGCCUUCGACCAGCGUCCGGAGCAAAGUAACGCGCAGGCGUGGGUGGAGGAAGUUGGCGGCGUGGCCACCUCUGUCCGCACUAUCGAAUGCGCUGAUCUGCUGCGCUUGUUUGGCCAAGCUGUAUACAUGAAGAUCGAUGUGGAAUCCAGUACCAUCGACUGCUUGGACUCGCUGGUACAGUCUCAAAGAGAUGCUGGCCGGCGACCUGAGUUGCCCAAAUUCCUCUCCAUGGAGUUGGAGGCUGCACAGCUUUUUGAGCCCUUCUACAGGAACUUGAAGGAGUUAGGUUACCUCUUCUACAAGGCCUGCCGCCAGUAUGUCUAUUCCCCUUCGCCUUGCGAGCAAGGGCAAUACAGCAAAGAGGUCCCAGGCUGUGGGAGUGGUCCCUUCGGUGUGGCCGCGGUGGACUACCUCCGGGGUCUUCGGUGGAAUCCGAUUCAUGAGUUGCCGUCCGACCGGCAGUGGGUGGAGGAGUUUGAGAAGGGGCUAGAUUGGUUCGAUCUGCAUGCCAUGCGAAUGGCAUAA